GGAACAGAGAGAGAGAGAGAGAGAGAGAGAGAGAGAGAGAGAGAGCGCUGUAAUAGAAGGAAAGAACAAGAACAGAAACAGAUUUGCAAUAGGUUCAAUUCUGCGCAAACACAGGUGAAGAGAGGAAUCUAUUUAUUUAUUUAUCCUUAAUUCAUCAUUUGUAGUUAAUUUCUGUUAGAGGCACGCUGAGAGAGAGAGAACAAUAGAGAGAGACACGCUGCAGUGGACCACCAAUAUGGAUACCCAGUCUGAGAGCUGCGAGCCCCCACCAUGCGAUCCUCAGCCUCCAGGUAAAAUAAGAAAGGCCUUGAAGCUAUUCAGCAAGCGCAAACCAGGCAGCAGCAUGGCCAGCAUCUUUUCUAUGCGCAGCAAAAGCGAGGGAGGACCCAAAUCACCCCCCUCGAGGAGCAAAACGCUGGAUGGAUUAACAGAGUCGGUGGCUCCAGAAGCGGAGGCAGAAUCAAUGGACCUGGAUCAGGAGGAGAGUCAAAAAGAGGAUGCACCAAUGGAGGAGCCCGAAAGCGGUAACGGUAACGGUAACUUGGAAACAACGCCAACCAGACAGUCUAUCUCUUCUAUCACUUCAGCCAAAUCACUGAGCUUUCUCAAUAUGCUCCGGCGAAGUCGUAAAGGAGGAGGUGGAGAGCGGUAUGCACAGACUGAAUCACAGAGACCUGGGCGGCAGAGGAAAGGCCUGAAGGGUCUGUUUGGGAGUGUACGCUGGCCUGGAAAAGAUAAGGAGGCGGUUGACGAGGUGGAACCUGGUCCUCCCCUACUUGCCUCCCGUUCCAACAGUGUGGAGAUCAUCAAGGAGAACCUGACUCUGACUCCAAGGCCUGCGCCUCGAUCUCCAGAUGAUUCGGAGAUUGAGCAGCAACCCCCUGCAUCACAGGAUGAGCCGGUUUCUUCCGAGGACAGUACAAAGGUGAGCGAAACUGCUAAACAGCCAGCUAAUGACAGGCUGAGCACACUACUUGGAGAUAUUUCAUCUAUCUUGAGCUUUGACACAUUGACAAGUGGUGGAGAUAUAGUUGCUGAUGUAGAGGCAGAAUGGGCCAAAGUCAGCAAUCGGGUGGAGGAAACGGAUGUAACUGGCAAAAAGGACAAUGCUUUAUCAGCAGCUGUUUCAGCCAAACUUAAACCUACCCUUUCCCCUACACCUACCCUUAGCUCCACAUCCUCUUCUAAACCUUCUCCUACAACCACAGCACAACCCUUUUCAUCCUCCACUACGUCUCCUAAACCCAUGCCCAGUCCAACUGCCAAGUCUACAUUUUCCCCUGCAUCCACCCCAAGCCCUAGUAUUUUAGUCAAACCUACUCCAUCCCCUACAUCUGCCCCUACCCUUAGUCCUGUAGCAAAACCAGACACUUCAUCUUCUUCUCCUACUCCUGUACCAUCCCCUGUCCCAUUGACCAAACCCUCACCUAUCCCUAGCACAAAACCCAUGCAAACGCCUCCGACCACUCCAACCUCUACUAUUUCAACCAAACCUGCUCCCAUACCAACACCUAUUCCCACCCUCGAACCUACCCCUUCUCCUGCAGCUGCUCCUGAACCUGCUACUGUUUCUGAAACUUCCAUCCCUCCCACAGUUCAGUCUGCUCCAGAACCUCCUGCUCCUUCUGUGGCCAGAACAGAGUCCACCCCAACCCCUACCCCACCUUCUAUAACCAAACUGACCUUAACUCCUGCACCUCCUUCAAAACCCAGCCACAGUACUACUCCAGCUCCCAAAUAUCCUCCAUUCUCCACAUCCACCAAACCUGCACCGUCUGGUCCAGUUACCAGACCAAAAUAUGUGACGACAUUCGGAUUAUCAACCAGCAGAAACACUGCGCCCAUCGCCAAACUCGAAACGAAACAGCAGCAGCAGCAGCCUCCUGUAACAAAAUCAAGUCCACCCGUUUCACAAACUGAGAAAAGUGGGUCAGUAUCAGCAAGAAGCCCAACUUCAGAAUUCGGUCCUUCUCCUGCUGCCAAAUCCCAAGCUGUGAUAUCUAAACCUAUACCAGAACACGCUACCUCUGCAAGGCCUACACAUAAACCAGAACCUGAAUCUCCUCCACUUCAAGCCACGUUCUCCACCGGUCCAAGAGGAGAGAAGACGGGAGUACACACUCGGCCACAGCAGCCACAACCUGCUGCCCAGGAUCAAUUACCUGUUGCUGCUUACAAAUCAGAGAAGAAAAGUCCAGCUGUAAAGAGUGCAGCUCUCAGUAAGAUCCCUGUAAGUGGUGGUGGGAGGCCUAAACAGCUCCACAAGGAUGGCCAGUCCAAUGGCGAUGAAGGACACUGGAAUCUUCCUACCCCAGUACAUGAAGAGGAAAGCCCGGUGACUCUCUCACGAGAAAGCAGCAGCAAGGAACCUCUGAGUGACUUCUCCACUGGAUCUGGAGCUGUUACCCCCACCCUGAGCCACAGUCAUGAGGAUAUUUUAGACUCUCGACCCAUUAUUGGGGCAACAAGUUUACCCAGGGAGUCCAAGAUACCUAUGAAACCUGGUUCCACUGCAACGUACCACUCUUUGCAGGGGAAAACAGAGGCAGCACGCUCCAAAAUACCUGUAUCUAAAAUGCCUGUUCGCCGGACCAGCAAUAAGCCACCAUCCACUGCCACACAAAAAUAAUGGACGUUUUUUCUCUAUUUAACGAAACACACAACAUUCCAACUUGCAGCUGUUCUGAUGUUUGGACAGGCUCGAUCUCAGUCUUUUGCAGCAGAUAUGCUCACAAAAUAAUGCAGCAGGAUCUUUACUGUUAGUUGAAUUGAAAUACAUGUGUCGACCACGCUAUAUAUACUGGGUGUUUUUAUUCAUAUUGUGUCACUGUUAAAGACACUGAUGCUGUGGAUAUACCAUGUGCACCACCAGGAAGAGAGAGAGAGAGAAAGAGAGAGAGAGAUAGAUCACAUAAAAGUCCAGUUGGAAUUAUCUCCAUGGUAAUACGUGAUGUUAAAACCAAGGCAGAUGCUGAAGCACAACAACCCCUCGCCUGGGAACUGAAGCCAUGUAGACCCUCCCUGAGGAGCCAAGCAGUGCACACUGGCUUUGAGGAUACCACCAAAACACCAAGAACCACUGCUUGGUAAGAUGUUUUGCACUCAUGGGAGCUCUCCAUACGCAAUCUAAAAUGGAGUCUUAUUUGUCCAGGUCAUGUGGUUUUUAUUCAGGUCUGAACCAUCAAAGGGGGUUUAAACGUCACCACGCCAGGGUGCUUUUUUCCUGCCACACUGAAGCCAAUGUUUUUUUAACGGCUAAUGGAGAUUUUUGUAGCCUUUGUUACUUCCAUUUUUGUAAACUUUUUUGUGUCUGAUGUCCUCAGUCUUUUGUUUUCAGCAAAUGUUGUGGAUUCAUGUUUUGUCUCUGUUGGAACUCUCCUGCUUUUGAGAAAAGAGGCAGAAUCUCUCUCUCUACAUGCAUUAAGUCCAGGACAGGAUCUCUCACAUUAUCUCUGAAUGUAUGUAGCAGAACGCAUGCCCUACUUUCAAGCCAGAGGAGCAAAUGCACUCCUUCUCCUCCUUCUACACCCCUCUUCCAUGUUUCCUUUCCUCUAUUUCUUUGUUUUUAAACUGUGUUGAAUCACACAGUGCCUGUCAGUUGUAUUGCCCAUUUCAGUUCCAGUCAGAGAAAAACACUUUGGCUUAUGGAUCUAACCCAUCGGAUGUAUUGGAUGGCUUGUCGAUAUGACUGGAGGGCAAUUUGGAUAAGACUGCUUUGAUGAAAUAAAGCCUUGGAACAAUGCUAGCUGUUUCAUGGACAAUCAGAAUAGGUAAGGCUGUAUGGUUGAUGAGGGUUGCAGUCAAGCUUGUGAUGGAUAGAUCCCUUUGCCAGUGUCAAAUGCUUUGUCCACAUGCCUACUAGAGGACUAUUUUUGUGCGUGUGUGUAUAUCUUAAUGUUGCUCUGUUUCCUAUUUAAUCAAUAAAACAUGACUAUACUUAGAA